AUGACCCAAACACCUCUACUCAAACACCUCUACUCAAACACCUCUACUCACACGCCUCUACUCAAACAUCUCUACUCACACGCCUCUACUCACACACCUCUACUCACACGCCUCUACUCAAACACCUCUACUCACACGCCUCUACUCAAACGCCUCUACUCACACGCCUCUACUCACACGCCUCUACUCAAACGCCUCUACUCACACGCCUCUACUCAAACGCCUCUACUCAAACGCCUCUACUCAAACAUCUCUACUCACACGCCUCUACUCACACGCCUCUACUCAAACGCCUCUACUCAAACAUCUCUACUCACACGCCUCUACUCACACGCCUCUACUCAAACACCUCUACUCAAACACCUCUACUCACACGCCUCUACUCAAACGCCUCUACUCACACAUCUCUACUCACACGCCUCUACUCACACAUCUCUACUCACACGCCUCUACUCACACGCCUCUACUCACACAUCUCUACUCACACGCCUCUACUCACACGCCUCUACUCAAACACCUCUACUCACACGCCUCUACUCAAACAUCUCUACUCAAACACCUCUACUCACACGCCUCUACUCAAACGCCUCUACUCAAACAUCUCUACUCACACAUCUCUACUCACACGCCUCUACUCACACGCCUCUACUCACACGCCUCUACUCACACGCCUCUACUCACACGCCUCUACUCAAACGCCUCUACUCACACGCCUCUACUCACACGCCUCUACUCAAACAUCUCUACUCAAACAUCUCUACUCACACGCCUCUACUCACACGCCUCUACUCAAACAUCUCUACUCACACGCCUCUACUCAAACAUCUCUACUCACACGCCUCUACUCAAACAUCUCUACUCAAACACCUCUACUCAAACAUCUCUACUCAAACAUCUCUACUCACACGCCUCUACUCACACGCCUCUACUCAAACAUCUCUACUCACACGCCUCUACUCAAACAUCUCUACUCACACGCCUCUACUCAAACAUCUCUACUCAAACACCUCUACUCAAACAUCUCUACUCAAACAUCUCUACUCACACGCCUCUACUCACACGCCUCUACUCAAACGCCUCUACUCACACGCCUCUACUCACACGCCUCUACUCAAACGCCUCUACUCAAACAUCUCUACUCAAACAUCUCUACUCACACGCCUCUACUCACACGCCUCUACUCAAACAUCUCUACUCACACGCCUCUACUCAAACAUCUCUACUCAAACACCUCUACUCAAACAUCUCUACUCAAACAUCUCUACUCAAACACCUCUACUCAAACAUCUCUACUCAAACACCUCUACUCACUCUGGAACUCUAUUUCACUAA